UCUGCACAGAUCACGUGAGAGCGGAUUAAUUUUUUAUUGGCUCUUAACGAGCGUGCCCUGCGCCGAAGAAAUGCGCGUCAGUAAAUACAAAAUGCCGUCAGAGUCUAAGCCUUUGUUGACAGCUCAGACAGAAAAGCCAAAUCAUUAUUCCUAUUUGAAGGAAUUCCGCGUAGAGCAAUGUACGCUUUUCUUACAACACAAAUGUACACAACACAGACCAUUCACCUGUUUUCACUGGCAUUUUAUGAACCAAAGAAGGCGACGUCCUGUAAGACGUAGAGAUGGAACCUUUAAUUAUAGUGCAGACAAUUACUGCACAAAGUAUGAUGAAACUACUGGCAUUUGUCCUGAUGGAGACGACUGCCCGUUCCUUCAUCGUACAGCUGGUGAUACAGAGCGGAGGUAUCAUCUUCGAUAUUAUAAAACAUGCAUGUGUGUACAUGAUACGGAUUCAAGAGGAUAUUGUGUAAAGAACGGACUACAUUGUGCCUUUGCACAUGGAAGUCACGAUCAUCGACCACCGGUUUAUGAUAUCAAAGAGAUUUCUGCUUUGGAGGCCGCCGAAGCUGAAGGUACUGGCUCUUCUAAUGGACCAAAUGCCCUAGACAAGGAAAGAAACCUUAUGAAUGAAGAUCCAAAAUGGCAAGAUACAAACUAUGUUUUGUCCAAUUACAAAACUGAGCCAUGUAAAAGACCACCUAGAUUAUGCAGGCAGGGGUAUGCUUGUCCUCAGUAUCACAAUAAUAAGGACAAAAGGAGAAGUCCUCGGAAAUUCAAAUACAGAUCGACGCCAUGUCCCAACGUGAAGCAUGGAGAAGAAUGGGGUGAACCCAGCAAUUGUGAUGCUGGGGAUAUGUGUCCUUAUUGUCAUACAAGAACAGAGCAACAAUUUCAUCCGGAGAUCUAUAAAAGUACCAAGUGUAACGACGUACAACAGUCGGGAUAUUGUCCCAGAGGAGUGUUCUGUGCAUUUGCUCAUGUUGAACAAGAAUUAGGCGUUUCAAGAGAGACCACAGAUCAAGGAACUAAUUUAGCGGAAAUUUUAUCGAAUGCUCUGCCACCAGGCCUCGACCGGAAUAAAGAGAAGAAUAGCGACAGUUCGAAUGGUAGUAGUGAAGUAAGCGAGUCAGCUUCGACUUCAUCACUGGGUUCGAACAGUUCACAUAGCAAAGCACCAGGCGCCCAAUUAGCUCAUAAAUCGGUACCUUUUCAUAGGCAUCCUAUAGGAUUAGAAUUGAAUAACAAAUUGGUUGCCUUAGAUAAAGACCAUACCUUAGAUAAUCUAGAGCGGGAGCAGAGGAAACAAACAUUAUACUUCACAUAUUCUGGUUUAGGAACAAAUUUUUACAGCAAUGAUACAGUGGAAAGUGUCGUUGGAAACGCGUUGGACGAACUGAAUUUAGAAGACUCCCUCAAUUUGUCAGGAGCUUUAGAUCGCGAUAACGACUCCCCGUCGGUUUCAAAUUCAAUAUCAGUCGGCCUUGCCACGGCCGUUCUUGGCAGUUCGGCACCGGUAAAUAUCCCUGGGGCCAAUCGCUCGGGUCUGGGAGGGUUCAGUCCGAACAGCAGCCCCUUGCAGCACCUGCAAUCCAGCUUUCUUCCGAGCCGUUUCGCUCAGCAGGAUCCCAUCGAUUUCCUGAACCACUCUGGGAUCCAGCUGAGCAGCAGCGCGUCGAAGAUGAACUAUUGCAACGUUUUCGACUUCGGGGCCAGGAGUAUUUCGCCGAACUCCAGGAAUCACAACAACUUCAGCAUGUCGCCGAGCUUGAACAGUCAGAGCAUGUCGAACUUCGAGAUCGCUCGGCUCAAGGAGGAUCUGAGCAACACCAAGCUGCAGCUGUCGCAGUGGGAGGAGAGGCUGGGACAGGCGAGGACCGCCUGCGAGGCGUGGCAGAGAGAGGCGGAGGAUUCCGCAAGAAAAUUAAAGGACACCCUGACCGACUAUAACAAUCUGAAACAGGAGUACGAGAUUUUACAAGGGGGACCCCAUCUCCGUAGCAUAGGCAAGUUAUCGGAACUCAGCAAGUUGUCGCUGGGCGAUCUUAAAAAGAUCCACGCUCAACUUAAGGGGGAUCUGGAUGAGGUCGAAAAAGUAUUAUAUAGGGAAACCGCGUCUAAGUGCAUGGUUUGCGAAGAGAGGAAUAGAACUGUUACUUUAAAUUGCAACCAUUUCGUUUUAUGUAGUGUGUGCGCGCUUACACAGAGCGAAUGCCCCUAUUGUCAGACCCCAAUAGACCUGACGAAUAACAUGUGAACAGACUUCAAUUAGGCUUACAUAUGAAAACGUGCUUUCAAACUUAUCGUUUAAAGACAUCUAUCAGACGCUUUAAAUCGAUCGGAAGUUUGGCAGCAUGAUCUUUCAUAUGUAAUUAACAAAUUUAAUUAAAAAUAAUUGGAUAUAUUAUAAAUAUACUUAUAUAUAUACAUAUUUAGGUUUACUAGGAUUUUCAUAUUACGUUACAAUUUUUCCUGUAGUAAUUUAACAAAUUGUUUUUUCGGUAUUCUAAAACAUCACAUGUACCUUUUUGAUCGUUACGAAACUUAUUGACUGCAUCAAAAUCGUUUUGAACCGUACUGAAAGUUUUUUCGCCCCCACAACGUCAUUUUAUUUUUUGUGUAGUUUAGUUUUGACCCGUCUAUUCAGAAUAAAUAUGAUUUUUAAUUGUGCAUCAAACUGAUCAAUAACAUUUGAAUGAAUAAUGUAUCAUGCUUUUUACAAUAGAAACGUUGGUUUUCUUGUAAUGUCGAUUCUUACUCAACUGAAUUGAUUUGCAGUAUGUUGCUCUACGUGUAAUCCUUUGAAUUCGACUCAAAAUUUAUUAUUCGAUGUUGUGAAUCCAUUAACCUGCCGUUAGAUUUUAAUGUUUGAUAUUUUAUUCGUUUUCUUUUUUUAACGUUCGGAAAUUAUACAAGUGAAAUGGUUUUCAGUUAACUGCGAAAAAGAUUGGAUUUUUGCUGGUAAUAAAGGGCGUUUCAAUAUGAUAAAAUGUGAUCAUUAUCUAGCAUAUCACAUUUACAUUAAAAAAAAAUCACAAUUAAUUCUAUUACUACCAAAAGUACAAAAUUUUGAUGACUUACUUUACAACUCUACUUCUACGAAGUAGGAAUUGAUAAUUUAAAGUUAGCUUUUACGAGUGGAUUGAUCACUAGAUCUCAACAUUACUUUUAAAAAACUUUCAUUAUAUAUAGCAAUAAAGGACUAAAACGUAAGACUACAUUUGUAUGGUUAAGAACGAAAAAACCUGAUAAUAUAGAUUCACAUUUUAACAAUUGACUGAUAUUGAGCAUUAUCUAUAUUUACCAUAUCAUUUUUAAGAUCGUAUAAUUAUCAGUAAGACUGGAUUUUGGACAAAGAUUUGAUACGUCUUAACUUUUCGCCACUAAUGAGAUAAUCAAUUUUGUAACGAAACUCACCGUUUCAGCCCGAGGUUGAAUUUAAUCUGAUAUAUAAGUAUUAAUAGAAAAAUUAGUUUGAUUUGUUCUAGGAAUAUCUGCUGAUAUUGUGUUUUGUCAAUAUUAUGCCCGUUAUUUCUGUAUCGUAUUAAAAUUUUUAUCUUAGUGUAUGUCUUCUCUUUUUUUGUUCAAAGUUUCCGGAGGUUAAUGGUUUCACUUUGAAAGAUUUUUACACUAUAUGAAAUGAAUUAUAUAUUAAAUAGGUAGGAGAUUUUAUGAAUUAAAGUAGUGGGCCUAUAGUUGAUAUAUGUUAUAGGAUUUAGACAUUUUAAGGAGCUAAGAAAGUCAUGACGCCUAAAAUUGAUGAAGAAAUCGAGAAAAUCUGAAGGAAAUAAUGUGCCAACUAGAAAUCUCAUUCGAAAAGAAACUCAAACUCUGUUCUGUAACAACUGACAUAAUAUUGUGAAAGUUGUGAUUUUUUCAGCUCCGAAAAAUUAGAAUUGUGAAAUUGUCUCACUAUCUACUUGUCCAUCGCAUAAAAUAUGCAUUGAUUGUAUUUUAAAGUUUGUUUUUAAUUUCUGAUUGUGAAGAUUGUGUAUUUUGAAAUAAUGGAAAUAGAGAUUUAAAUUCA